GCCCUCUGAAGUUGGGGUCCCAUGUGCAGCGGCGAGGGGCCCCGCUGGCGCUGGGGGCGCGGUGCCCCCAGCCCCACGCUCCUCCUGAGCCUGCUGGCGUCUGCAGCCCUGCUCGGCCUGCUGCGGGGCGAGACCCGCCAGGUGUCUCUGGAGGUCAUCCCGGACUGGCAGGGCCCCCCCCAGAACCUGCUACACAUCCGGGCGGUGGGCGCCAACUCUACGCUGCACUACGUGUGGAGCAGCACAGGGCCCCCGGCAGCCCUGCUGGUGGCCACCGACACCCCCCACAGCACCCUGGCCGUCAACUGGAGCCGCCUGCUGUCCCCGGAGCCGGACGGGGGACUCACCGUGCUCCCCAUGGACAGCGUCCGGUUCUCUUCUGCCGUUGUCUUCACCAGGCUGUUUGAAUUUGACGACACCAACACAUCGGAGGCGUCCACCAAGCCUCCCGGAAAACCGCAUCCCCCGUAUUCCCUGGCCGAGUUCUCCUGGGACAACAUCACCGACUCUCUGGACCCUGCCACCCUGACUGCCACGUUUCGAGGCCACCCCAUUCGUGACCCCACCAGGGCUUUUGCCAACGGCAGCCUGGCCUUCAGGGUGCAGGCCUUUCCUGGCUCCGGCCGGCCAGCCCAGGCCCCGCGCCUCCUGCAUUCGGCGGACACCUGCCAGCUCGAGGUGUCCCUGGUUGGGGCCGCUCCCCGGGGAGAGCAUUCCCUGUUUGGGCUGGAGCUAGUCACCCUGGGCCAGGGCCCCGACUGCCCGUCUGUGCGAGAGCAGCGCUCCAUCGAUGACGAGUACACGCCUGCUGUCUUCCAGUUGGACCAGCUGCUGUGGGGAUCCCCCCCAUCGGGCUUCAUGCAGUGGCGGCCAGUGGCUUUCUCCCAGAGGCAGAGGGGCCGGGAUUCGGCCCUGCCCUGCCAAGCCUCCCCACUGCGCCCCACCUCGGAGUACCCUCUCCCACAGUCCCCCAUUGUCCGAGCCUUCUUUGGGUCCCAGACCAACUUCUGUGCCUUCAAUCUGACCUUUGGGACUUCCACAGGCCCCGGCUACUGGGACGAACGCUACCUCAGCUGGUCAAUGCUUCUGGGCAUGGGCACUCCUCCGAUGGACAGCUUGUCCCCGCUCAUCUUGGGCAUCAUGGCGGUGGCCCUGGGGGCCCCGGGGCUCAUGUUGCUGGCAGGAGGCCUGUUUCUGCUGCUGGGCCACAAGCAGUGCUCCGAAUACCAGCCUGUCAACUGAGGCCCGCUCGCUGGGACGGGGGAUGUGCACUUCUGGGCCUGCCUCGCCGGUCUGCCGAAUGG